AUGCCAUGCUCUAUCGGGCUAUGUGGCCAAUGGAACUCUGCACCAAGCAUGGUGAUAGCACGUUAUUAUCAUACUGCAACCCUUCUCAAUUCGGGGCAAGUUCUUGUCACCGGUGGUCUGAAAACAUUGGCCGUUGUUACUGCUAGUUCCGAAAUAUAUGAUCCAUCAUCGGGCAAAUGGAACUCUACUACAAGCAUGGCAACAGCACGCCAGACACAUACUGCAACGCUGCUCAAUUCGGGCCAAGUUCUUGUCACUGGUGGGGCGAAUACAUCAUCCAUUAAUAUUGCUACUUGUGAAAUAUAUGAUCCAUCAACGGGCAAAUGGAACUCUACUACAAGCAUGGCAAUAGCACGUUAUCUCCAUACUGCAACGUUGCUCAAUUCGGGCAAGGUUCUUGUCACUGGAGGUUACGGACUGUCCAGUCCGUUUGCUAGUUGUGAAAUAUAUGAUCCAUCAACGGGCAAAUGGAACUCUACUACAAACAUGGCAACAGCACGUUAUCUCCAUACUGCAACGCUGCUCAAUUCUGGCAAAGUUCUUGUCACUGGUGGGGUGAAUGCAUUAUCCUAUAUUACUGCUAGUUGUGAAAUAUAUGAUCCAUCAACAGGACUAUGGAACUCUGCACCAAGCAUGGCAACAGCACGUUAUCUCCAUACUGCAACGCUGCUCAAUUCUGGCAAAGUUCUUGUCACUGGUGGUCUGAAUACAUCGUUGUUGAGUACUCCUAGUUGUGAAAUAUAUGAUCCAUCAACGGGCAAAUGGAACUCUGCCACAAGCAUGGCAACAGCACGUGAGCUCCAUACUGCAACCCUGCUCAAUUCUGGCAAAGUUCUUGUCACUGGUGGGGUAGCUGGAUCGUCUGUUACUGCUACUUGUGAAAUAUAUGAUCCAUCAGCGGACCAAUGGAACUCUACUACAAACAUGACGAUGAUACGUGAGAUCCAUACUGCAACUCUGCUCAAUUCGGGGAAAGUUCUUGUCACUGGCGGUUGGGGAUCGACCGGUUAUCUUGCUAGUUCUGAAAUAUACAAUCCGUAA